AAUUAAUAAGUAAUAAUAAACCACUAUGAAAUCAGAUUUCAGAUUCUCAAACUUAUUGGGAACGGUAUAUAGACAGGGGAACUUAUUGUUUUCAGAAGAUGGAACGAAAUUAUUAAGUCCUGUAGGAAAUCGAGUUAGUUGUUUCGAUUUAAUCAAUAAUCGAUCUUUCACAUUUGAAUAUGAACAUAGAAAGAAUAUUGUUAGAAUUGCAUUAAAUAAGCAACAAACUUUAUUGCUUUCUGUAGAUGAAGAUGGACGAGCCAUCUUAGUUAAUUUCAUAUCCAAAACAGUCUUACAUCAUUUUAAUUUUAAAGGAUCAGUUGAAGAUUUACAAUUUAGUCCUGAUGGACAUUAUUUUGCAAUUGGUACAACUAAAUUUAUUCAAGUUUGGAAAACUCCAGAUGUUACUGAAGAUAGACAAUUUUCUCCAUUUAUUCGUCAUAGAAUUUAUUCAGGUCAUUAUAAUGAUAUUUUAUCAAUAAAUUGGUCAAAUGAUUCUCGAUUCUUUAUAACAACUUCAAAAGAUAUGACUUCAAAAAUUUAUUCUUUACAUUCUGAUGAAAAAUCAGUAGCAAUGACUUUAGCCGGUCAUAGAGAUUAUGUUAUUAAAGCCUUUUUCAAUGAAACUCAAGAAAUAAUAUAUACUAUUAGUAAAGAUGGAGCUUUAUUUAAAUGGGAAUAUACUGAAAGACCAACCGAUGAAAGUGAAGAUGAAGAAGAAGAAGAUGAUGAAGAUGAAGAUGAUAAUGAUGAAAAAAUUGAAAAACCAAUGAGUUGGAGAAUUACUGCAAAGAACUUUUUCCAUUCUGAUUCAAAAGUUAAAUGUGCAACUUUCCAUCCAAAGACUAAUUUAUUGGUAGUAGGAUUUACUAAUGGUGAAUUUAGAUUAUAUGAUUUACCUGAUUUUAAUAUGAUUCAACAAUUAAGUAUGGGACAAAAUGCCAUUGAUACAUGUGAAGUAAAUAAAACAGGUGAAUGGCUUGCAUUUGGUUCCUCAAAAGUUGGACAAUUAUUGGUUUAUGAAUGGGCUUCAGAAACUUAUAUACUUAAACAACAAGGACAUUUUGAUUCAGUAAAUUCUUUAACUUAUUCACCAGAUGGUUCAAGAAUUGUUACUGCAUCAGAUGAUGGAAAGAUUAAGAUUUGGGAUGUAAAUUCUGGAUUUUGUUUAUAUACAUUUCUGGAACAUAAUUCAAGUAUUACUGAUAUAAAAUUUAGUAAAAAGGGUAAUGUAUUAUUUAGUUGUUCAUUAGAUGGUACAAUUAGAGCUUGGGAUCUUAUAAGAUUUAGAAAUUUUAAAACUUAUACUGCUACUGAUAGAAUUCAAUUUAAUUGUAUAGCUGUUGAUCCAAGUGGAGAAAUUAUUGUGGGAGGAUCUCAAGAUAGUUUUGAAAUCUUUGUAUGGUCAGUUCAAACUGGUCAAUUAUUAGAUUCAUUAAAUGGUCAUGAAGGUCCAAUAUCAUGUUUAAGUUUUGGUAAUGAAAAUUCAGUAUUAGUAUCAUCAUCAUGGGAUAAGACUAUUAGAGUUUGGAAUAUCUUUGGUAGAAAUUUAUCAGUUGAACCAAUUGAAUUAAAGAGUGAUGCAUUAAGUUUAACAGUUAGACCUGAUUGUAAAGAAGUAGCUGUUAGUACUUUAGAUGGAUAUAUUACUGUAUUUGAUAUUGAAACUGGUAAUCAAAUUCAUUUAAUUGAUAGUAAAAGAGAUAUAUUAAGUGGAAGACAUUUAGAAGAUAGAUUCACUAGUAAAAAUUCUGCAAGAUCUAAAUAUUUUACGACUAUAAAUUAUUCAUAUGAUGGUUUAACAUUAAUUGGAGCUGGUAAUAAUAAUUCAAUUUGUAUGUAUGAUAUUUCUAAUGAAGUAUUAUUAAAAAGAUUUAUUGUAUCACAAAAUUUACAACUUAAUGGUACUCAAGAAUUUUUAAAUAGUAAUAGAAUGAUUGAUGGAGCUGGACCACUUGAUUUAAUAGAUGAAGCUGGUGAAGCAAGUGAUGUUGAAGAUAGAUUAGAUUCAACAAUUCCAGGAUCUAAACGUGGAGAUCCUUCAUUAAGAAAUACAAGACCAGAAGUAAGAGUUACAUCUAUACAAUUUUCUCCAACUUCAUCAGCUUUUGCUGCUGGAUCAACUGAAGGUUUAUUAAUUUAUUCAGUUGAUAAUUUUACAUUAUUUGAUCCAUUUGAUUUGGAUCUUGAUAUAACUCCUGAAGCCAUUGUUGAAGCCUUAACUGAAAAGGAAUAUUUAAUGGCAUUAGUAAUGGCAUUCAGAUUAAAUGAAACUCAUUUAAUUCAUCAAGUAUAUGAAUCAAUAUCACUUAAAGAUAUAAAAUUAGUAGCCAGUGAUUUACCAGUAAUUUAUGUUACUAAGAUAUUAGACUUUAUAAGUGAUUUAUUAAUCUUAGAAGAUAAUCCUCAUUUUGAAUAUAAUUUAUUAUGGAUUAAGAAUAUUUUGGAAUUCCAUGGUCAAUAUAUUAAUCUUAAUAAAUUUGAAUUUCAAUCGUCUUUGAAAAAGAUUCAGAGAUUCUUAAAUAAAGUGGGUAAGGAUGUGGUGUUGUUAAAUAAGAGAAAUAAUUACUUAUUGGAAUAUCUUACUGUUGCAAGAGAUUUAAAAGAAGAUGAUGAAGAAGAGGCAGUUAUUGAGGAUGUCGAAAUGGAAGUGGACGAGGAAGAUGAUGAGGAUGAAGAGGAGGAAGAUGAGGAGUUGAAUGGAGACGAAGAAGAAUUGGGUGGUUGGUUUGGCAAGGAAGUCAAGUCAUCUAAUGGUAUAGUUUUCAGUGUCUCUGAUGAAGAACAGGAUGAUAAUGAAGAUGAUAAUGAAGAUGAAGAUGAUGAUGAAGAAGAAGAAGACUCUGAUGACUAAUAAGCCCACUACAGAUUAGCAUAAUUCAUAGCAUAAUGUAUAUAUAUCAAC